AUGGCUGAAAACGACCGACUUGAUGAAAACUGCCUAAGUCGAGCUCGCAUCCUCCAACAUAGGAGCAUUGCCGACUUUAGCUAUUUCGGCGCGAAGACCCUGAGAGACCGGCUCCAGCUUAGAGCUGCGCCCAAUGCUCGUCUUAUCACUGCUUUUGGUAUCAACAAUUCCUUCACAACGGUCGACGAGAAACUCCAUGAGGAGUUUAUACACACUGCUCGACUAUCCAUCAACUCGGUCGACAACAGGAAAUGGGCCAAACUCUCUGAGCGAGCAGCUUUUGCACUGAAUACAUAUAUUCUGUAUUCCAACGCCAACAGAGGUAAUUGGAAAGAUGCCGGCUUACCGCUUGCCGAAGCCAUUCGUGUGGUCUCUCUCGACGUUGUUCUGGAACUUCUCUACCCCACCAAUCGCGGCCGUUUGAGCGUUGUUGAUGCCAUAACCGUCACUUCAUCCAUCAAUACUCUCUGGGUUGAAUCGAAGGUGCAUGAAAACACGCCGGAGACCGAAGCUUCGAAACGGACAAAAGCUCAGUUGCACAAAUCUCUGGCUUGUCUUCUCGCGGUAAGGCAACUGUCAGGCUCAGAUGCCAACCCCCUCAACCUCAUAAUGCCGGCGUAUGAGACACUUUGGAGGGUUAUCUUGAGUACGUAUAUACAUGUUGCCUUGCUAUCUGGUGGUGAGGUCCGGGAGGAAACCCUCGACGAACUGGUAGAAAUUGUCCCCCUAUAUCUUGGUACAAGUUUAGAUUUGGAAGGGCCAGUGGUCGCCUUUGGCAAAGAAGCGCUUCGCUUGUAUGCGCCCACAAAACGUAUCUAUCGGGGAAAAUCGGAGCAUGAAGUUGUUGCUGCUGAUGUCGAAGCUCUACACCAUGAUCUCCUGAUUUGGGGUCCGGAUGCUCUCGAGUUCAAUCCUGGUCGAUUUAAAGAUAUCAAGCGGUUGACCAAGCAACAGCGGGAUGCUUAUAUGCCCUUUGGUAUCGGCACGCACCGCUGUCCUGCAGCUCAUGGGUUCGGCGAGCGCAUGAUUUCAUUGCUGGUCGUGGUUCUGUUCAGGAGACUUGGGAGCAAGGAUAUGGGACUGCAGAUCGACUUCGGUGACAGUGAGCAGCAGGAUCGAGGUAUGCCGCUGCCCACUGGCCGGCUGGAUAUGGAGACCUGGGCGGUCAAGGGGCAAUGA